AGAAAAAUAACAACACAACUCUCUCUUGCAAGUUUUAGAAAAAAAAAAAAAAAAAUCUCUUUCGCAGGUCAUCACCGUUACUCGCUGGAGAGUAAAAGAGAAAACAUCGCCCACUAGGUAAUUUUAGUGCGCCACAGAUCUAAAUCCAAUUCUUCAUCAUGGUUCUUCUACAGCCAGACCCAUUUCUUAACGAACUAACAACCAUGUUUGAACAAACUACUGAGGAAGGCACUGUUUGGGUCACUCUUAAAAGAUCAUCGCAGAAGUGUAAAGCGCACAGGAAUAAAAUGAUAACUGAUGGUGAACCUAUUGAGUAUAGGUGCCUCAUUCGCGCAACUAAUGGCAAAAGGACUAUCUCUACUUCGGUUGGGGCAAAAGAUCACCAACGCUUUCAAUCUUCUUAUGCAACUAUUCUUAAGGCCCAUAUGACAUCUUUAAAGAAGAGGGAGAGGAAGGACAAGAAAAAAGCAGCAGGAGAAGAUAAGAAAGAAGCUGUUACAACAAAGGCAAAGAGGGCCUAAACCCCUUCAAAGCUUUUGAAGCCUCCGUAUAAACUGGAAUAGCUUUCAGUCCAAGGAUGUGAGGUUUCUUAAUUUUUUACCCAGAAAGUACAAAGAAGAUUUUUUUUGGUGUUGUACUGAGAUGAAGGAUUGUUUGACUUUUCUUUUCUGGAUAUGGCUCACAUUUAUAUAUGAGAAUUUUGAUGAAAAGAAACUGUUGAUUUCUUAUUACUGACUUUA